CAGUUGGACGCAAAGGAAACACAAGGGCACGCAGCGAAGACUGUCGCAAGCGUUUCAUUGCACUAGUAUUUGUGAACAGUAUGAUGAAAAGUUAGGUGCAAAGACACGCAUUCUAAGCGCCCAACAAAACCACGGUGCGAGGUAAAGUGUUUCUUAUGAGUCUCUUAGGGGCCCAAUGCUGCCUGCACAUGUCAGGCAUAUGUUUCCUGUCCAGCAGUUUCAGUGAUUCAAACUGCAGUACUACUCCUCUCUUCGUCGUCCUUCCCACUCGUUAUCCGCUCGAUUCCAUAUAACCAUGAUACUACGAUUGAUUCUUCUGAGCUGGCUAGUCGCCGGCGGUCUCUGCCAAGAUGAUUCUACCACCACGACGACCCUAGCCGGUGACCUGCCGGCGCCGUCGGCGUCCACAGCAGCGGGCGACACGGCGCUCGCGCAGACCAGCACCGCGAAGCCCAGCGACGAUAGCGAGGACGACAUCAACGACGCCAACGACUUCGUGGAUCAGAUACUGGAGGAGGUGCAGACGAGCGAGACCAUCCAGUCCAAGAUAUCGCCGGCGUCCUUAGGCACGCUGCAGUACAACGGCUUCGUGUUGUCCAACGCGCUUCUCUAUGGCGUGAACUCGGUGUACCGCAGCGACAACUGUACUUUCCGCUUCGGCGACUCCUCGUUUGACGUGCUCGUGCACCUUGGCGCGCGGGACCUGGUACUCGAGUCUGACUGGAAGAGGACCUGGCUCUUCAUACCGUUCGGCGGCAAGCUGGGCGCCAAAGUAGAGGACGUCAGCAUCUCUAUGGAUAUCAAUGUCGACAACAACGGCACACCCUCGCUCCGCAAGCUUAAGGUGGCUCGACUGAGCGACAUCCGCAUCACCCGGGCAACGGGCGCGAGCGUCCUGUUCAACUGGGCGCUGCGCAGCAUCCUCAACUGGGCCGUCAACGCCAACAAAGGCCGCAUCAUCCAGCUGCUGGAGACCGACGGAGCGAUGGCCAUCAACGAGGCCAUGAAGGACCUGGGCACCAAGCUCACCUCGCUCAAUGAGUUCCGCAAACGCUAGGUCGUGCGCGGCCACGGGAACGAGCGGGGGCGCGGAAGGUCACGGUGCGCGCAGUCGCACCAGAUCGCCCUGAAGCCCCUGCGCGCCGGCAUCUCGAUGCGCCGAAGAAAACGCGCGGGGCGAGGCGCAAUAAGCAAAGGCGAUUCUCAUGCUCCCUUAUGAAGCCAAGCUAAUACUAUAGCAAGUUCAGGGUCUUUUAUAUCCGCGCGCACGUUACUGUGCCGUUAUAGUAAACUUUAGCUGGGCAUUACAAAUGUGUUUGCGCGCGCUCCUGCGCGAAACCAUUCAUUUCGUCAGCAAUAACUAUACAUCCUCCGUGAGAACGAUGGAUGGUCUUACGAUAUUCGCAAGAAAUCUUGCUCUAAAAUAUUGCGCUUCAGCCAAUACAGUGAACAGUAGUUAUUAAAAGAACGUAAAGCCAGAAGUAAAUUAACCUAUGAAUUGAAGCAGCAAUCUAACUACAGUUCGAUUGCCGCUGCAGUGAUGCAUGCAUCGCCGCGCCGUAGCGCUGCGCUGCAAGUCUGUCGCCGCUCUAUAGCAUGUCUGAACUUUUGCUCGUGUGAUAGUGUGUACAAGCAAGUCAUUAUAAGAUUUGCGAAGAAAACGCUUGAUCGGGAUCGGACUGGUUCAAUGCCAAACAGAGAGCCAAGUAAGAGUCGCAAGUCCCGCAUCGUGGUGUACGCACUUACGCAACGCACGGACUUGUGAGUGACGUAUGCGGUACAUGUUAGCACAACGGAACGCAGGAAAUGGCGAUUCGCGCAGUGCCCUUUACACUGCAUGACGAAUGCUCCAAGUUUGUUGACCGAAUCACUGUGAAAGAGCUUCCCUAGGCUGUAUUUGUUGCUGCGCGCAACCAAUUCAAUCGGCAGCAGUGUGUGCCAACAGCUCGAAGCACACGAUUGUAGGAUAUAUGACAGCGCUGCACAACACCGUCGCGUUUCUCUCUUCUUGAAAGCGCGAUAACUGUGAUAAUACACAGCUGCGAUUCGCGGUUAUUUGUAUUUAAUGUAAUUAUAUUUUCCAUAGAGUAGCAUACUUGAAAUAUUUACGCAGCUUUACGCUCAAGCCGGAACAUAUUCCAUCGCAUGAUUCACCUGCCUUCACGCAAACGAGCUGCACGGUGAAACUGGUCAAUCACGGUUUCCACGGCGUGGGAACUUUAGUUGGAGCUUCACUAUACACAAGCGCUUGAUAUCACCCGGUGAUGUUGUUCUAGUACUUUAAUAAAUGUCACAUGUGUUCCAAA